AUGAAGUCCUUCUCAACCAUCCUCCAGGCCCUUGUCCAUCAUGCCACAGAGAAACCCAACAACAUUGUCUUUACAUGGGUGGACAUCAAGUGCAAAGAACAACGAAACAUGACAUUCAAACAGCUGGAGGAUGAGUCCAAUGCUGUUGCUGCCCGUCUCCUCAAGCUUGGAUGCAAGAAAGGAGAUAGAGUCAUGGUGGCUUAUCCCUUUGGUCUCGAGUUCUUGGCUGGCAUGUUUGGAGCCAUGAAGAUUGGAGUCAUUCCUUGCUCCAUCUACCCACCCAAUCCCAGUCAGCUCAAAACUGAUAUGCCCAAGUUCCGUGGAUUUGUGGAGGACGCUGGAGCGAAGUAUGCUCUCACAUCGAACACAUUUGCCACUGCCAUGACUGCUGCUAGCAUCCUUUAUAAGACUGGUGUCAAGUGGAUUGGGACUGACAAACUACCAAUCAAGAAAAGCAAUCCAAACAAGCCCAAAGCCUACGAAAAAUUCUUGGGACAUCCAGAGGAUAUUUGCUUCAUUCAGUACACCUCUGGAAGCACUGGUCGACCCAAAGGAGUCAUGAUCAAUCACCGGAAUCUUGUGGAAAAUUGCAUGGCCAUUGGCAACAUGUCUAAUGUUGAUCCUUCAACUGUGGCGGCCCUGUGGGUCCCUCAAUACCAUGACAUGGGCCUUGUGGCUGGCUUCAUGUCGUCCCUCUACAGUGGCAUCCAUCUUGUCAUGGCAUCCCCCCUGGACUUUGUUGUCAACCCACUUCUUUGGACUGACAUGGUGGAGAAAUACCAGGCAAAUCUUACCUGUGCCCCCAACUUUGCUUAUGCCUUGCUCCUUAAACGUUUGGAGCAGGCCAACCGAAAAGCGGACUGGAGUUGUGUAAAGCGUGCUAUGUUUGGGGGAGAACCUGCCCAGAGCCAUGUUGUGGAAGCAGUGGUCAAAACCCUCUCCAUCAAGCCAGAGCAUGUCUACAACAUUUACGGCCUUGCGGAGUCUGUCGUGUUUCUUACAGGCGGUUCUGCAUUCCCAGACUCUGAGGGGCUUGUCAGUUGUGGUGUAGUAGACUCCCCAACCCUCAAGCUUCGAAUUGUUGAGGAGGGAGAAGACGUCGAGGAUGGAGCAGUUGGUAGUAUCUGGGCCCAGUCACCUUGUGUGGCAGCUGGAUACUAUGGCCAGCCAGAGCUGACCACAUCAACAUUUGCCAAUGAUUUGCUCAACUAUGAGGGCACUUGGCUCAAUACUGGAGACCUGGGCAAGAUUGUGGGUGGGCAGCUCUAUGUCACUGGAAGAGUCAAAGAUGUGAUCAUCAUUAACGGGAAGAACUACUAUCCAACAGAUGUGGAGCUCUCUACCGAUGAUCUCUUUGGUGAUGUUAUCCGCCCUGGCAGGACCACUGCCUUCCAGCAUGGGGAUGACAGUGUUGGUAUUACUGUGGAGGGUCGCAAAGGGUUUGAUAAGUCCGCAAAUGAAGACUUGGCUGUCCAAAUUGCCAACCAUGUAUCUCAGGCACAUGGGUUGCCUGUCUCUGAGGUUGUGAUUCUCAAGCUUGGCGUGACACCCAAGACCACGUCGGGGAAACUCAAGAGAAGUGAGAUUCGACAGACAACAAUUACUGGGGACUGGAAAGAAUCAUCUAUACUGCUACACUUCAGGCGACAGAAGCCCAGAUCUGCAUUAGAGAGGAAUCAACGAUCAUCGUUUCUUGAGAGGAGCUUUUCACUGAAAGGUGUUGCUAGCAGGGAGUUUUAUCUCAAUGAAGAAACGGAGCAUGAAAUAAUGAGGAGGUCAAUCAGACUUCCUGCCGGAUCCCUUGAUUCAACCUUUGAGGAGCAGCUGCAUGUUGCUGUUGUGGGAGCUGGAGCUGCUGGCCUUGUCACUGCAUUACGAUUGGCCCAAAGGAACAUCAAGGUUACACUGUUGGAACAGAAUGAGCGGAUUGGUGGACAUGCACGACAUGUAGAAGUCUUUGGCCAUGAACGUAAUCCGGCAUUCGGCGUGUUUCUUGCGGACGAGUAUCCCAAUCUCAUCAAUCUGGCAAGGGAACUAGGGGUAGAACCAAUUCGUUUGGGUCCAUCAAACCAAACUCGUGGCAUUAUCUCCAUGACUGAUCAGUCGAUUCCCACAGUAUCAGAAUCUGAAAUCAGCCGCUUUGUUGCAGAAAUGCAGAGAAUUCACAAUGCUGGCACUGGUCAGAAUGAAACAAUUGGGCACUUCUUUCACCACAAUGGAUAUGAUCACCAAUUCAUUGUGUACUUCUAUGUGGGCAAAAUUGUGAGCUUUUUUGCAGGGCAAUCGAUCCAAGACUAUCUCAACAUCCCCUUGGAAAUUGUUGCUUGGUUUGUUACUGCAUUUUCUAUCAGCAACAAGGAUGUCCUUCGAUUGAGCAACAAAAGGUAUAUGGAUGCCUUUCAGUUGGAGUUGAAGAGACUUGGGGUGGAAGUUUGCACAAGUGUGAAUCCCAAGAUACUUCGGCGUGAUGAUUCUGGAAUAGCAAUUUCUACUGGCACAUGUGUCGAUGAAGUUGUUCUGAAUGUUGACAAGGUUGUAUUGGCAGUUCCGCCUACUGCUGCUGUCCAUGUCCUUGGAGAUUCCAUGUCACCAGAAGAGAAUGUUCUGGCUGAUUUUGAUUGCCCCUUAGAGACAGUUGUGCUCCAUACUGACUCAAAAUGGGUUGAUAUUGAGAGCCCAGGUCACAUUAUGUUUGCCAACAUCCCAGAGUGCUCAAGCUUACCAGAUGCUUCUGACACAAUCCCAAUCACAACAUCUUGUUCAAGUGACUCCGAUGGCUGCACCCCCAUCUAUGUCACUCAUGCCUAUGACACCCAUGAAGACCUAGAGUUUAAUUCUCCAGUCGAGAAGAUGUCAUUCACUCACACAAAAAUCACAUGCAAGGCCUUCCACCUUCGAAAAUCUUUGCUGCAGCAUCAAGGGAAUCAUUCCACCUACUAUGCCGGUGGGUGGACACGAGGGACAAUGCUUCAUGAGGAUGCACUUGUUAGUGGAAUCGUGGCGGCAAAUGCUGUCCUUACUGAAUUCGGCAUGGUGCCACAUCCUGUUUCAGAGCGAAAACACCCGAUUCCAUCUAGCCGGUUGUCUGAAAGAGCAGUCACUGCCAGUGGACACCCAGGCAUACAAGAUGCCAUGCAGGAACCAACAGCAGAUGACUUCUCCAAGAGAUACGCCAAUACAGUUGUUUCUGUUUUUGGAUCAGAGGUUGACUUAUCCAAGACCUGGACAGAGAAUGGCAUGACUUCCAUCAAGAGUGCUGAACUGAGGAACAAGGUGGAGGAGGAGCUCCGUGCAAUUCUUCCAGCCAACUUUGAACAGCUCUACCCAACACCCCAAUCACUUUUGGUCUUUUUGGAAGCAUCAGAAACCAAAAGCUUUCCAAAGCAAGAUAGGGAUGAUCAUCCGGACUUUACUUGGAAAUCAUCUAGAUCCAGGCUCAACAAGCUGGAACUGGGCAUACUGCAGACUCUUGCCUCUGUUGCGAUUUUCCUCCUAAUUGUGGCUUCAGUUGUUCCAUCAUACUUGCUUGUAUCCUGGGUUAUGGAUCAAUGUGGUUCAAACAAGUAUGGAGAGUGUCAUGGUCCAACCUUUUGGAUCUUACUGCCUCUCUCCUUUCCCCUGUACAUUCUGUCACUUUCAGUGGCUGUUGUGAUCUGCAAGUAUGCCAUUGUUGGGGCAUACCAGCAUGGACAGCUGGACCUUUUGUCAUGGGGCUACCUCCGUUGGUGGUUCAUGGACAGACUUGUGGAGGUUUGGGAGUCUCUAGUAGGACAGUUUGUUGUGGAGACAAGACACAUUUGGAUCUUCUACUGGCUGCUUGGAGCAGAUUUGGCUUGGUCUGCCAAGGUUGAAGCCUACAUCCGAGAAUUUGAUCUUGUCAAAGUUGGCAGCAAUGCCACUAUCGGACACUCUCUGAAGUGCAGGAAAUUUUCUAUGUCUUCAGAUGGAAGUCCCAAGUUGACCUUCCGACCACUUGUUAUUGGAAAGAGCUCUUCCAUCUCAGGAAUGGUCAGUCCCGGGGCCAAGAUUGGAGAUUGCAGCAAAGUGGUAAAAUUGUCAGUAGUGGAGGAUGGUGCCCAAGUGCCAGAUGGCGUUCUGGCAAGAGGAAACCCAGCGUUUCAUGCUGGCUUGUUUGAGGUGUCUGAUGCAGAGUCCUGGAAGACAUUCAUUCUGGAUGGUUUCAAGAUUGUUUGGACAACUGUUGAGGCCUACCACUUCUUUUCACUGUCCUACGUGGUCCAUUUUGCACUGAAUGAGAUAUUGCCAUCCUGGCGGUAUGGUGGGAUUCUUCAUUGGAUCCUGCUAUUUCCCUUCACUUCGUUCCUUGCCCUCCUCACGAGCAUUGCUCUCAAAUGGCUACUGAUUGGGAAACGGGACCCAUCAGAUGAAUACGAAGGGUCGCUGUGGCGAGAGGCUACCAAUUGGGCAUGUGACUUCCACUUCCGUACAGCAUGUUGGUCCUUUAUUCCAUUUUUUGGGCAGUCAAGAAUAUGGAACAUUAUUCUUUUCCUCCAUGGCCUCGAUGUUGACAUGUCAUCGGCUCUCAGUGGUCCAUACUUCUACUUCCUGCCUUCCAAGGUCGAUUUUGUGAAGAUUCGGAAUUCAUUUCUUGCCAGCAUGACACUGGACUUCAACAAGACAGCAGACUCUAAGAUUGAGAUCAUCAACAGCAGUAUUGGAUUUGGUGUCAAUCUACAUGCUGGGGUCAAGAUUAUGCAGUCCUCUAUUCCACCAAGAUCAGACGUUUCUGACAGCAUCUUUGAUUUAAACCAAAUCCGGGCAAAGAAGGCAGCCAUUUUAACAGAAGAAGUUGGCCUGCAGCUCAUGAAUGUUGUCUUUUUUGCUUCUAUCAUUCCAUCAUAUGAGAUUGGUCUUGCAGCUACAACAAGCUCAUCAGCUGGGAUUGCUGCAUUUGGUUUGGCUGUUGCUGUUCUGGUGCUGUUCUUUGUUUGGAUUCUUUCGGCCAGGAUUGUCGAGGGGGUUCUUUUGAAUCUCCCACACCAAGCCCAACAAGAUCUUUUUGGAGUCUACCUCAACCAUGUCUGGUACUUUCGUGUGGGCAACAUCUUGGAGAUGCUGCUUUAUGGAACCCCAAUGUUUGCCUACUAUGCACGAUUCAUGGGUGCUGAGGUUGAUGGGGAUCUUUGGUACUUUGGCUUUGCCAUUUAUGAGUAUGGGAAGAUGCACUUUCAGGGCAACACAAUUGUGGAUAGCUCCAGCUUGAAUUGUCACUACAUGGAUCAAAGUGGGAUUACAAUGGAUGACACCUAUGUAUCUGGUAUCAUUCAUCCAGGGUGCUUUGCUGUUGCUGGAUCAGUCAUCACAGGAGAAGACAAUGGUCCUUGGAAAGUAUUCCUAAGCAGUGUCGGUGGCAAAGAAUCCUCUCCCAAUGAAAUUUCUCUGGUUCCGGGGAGCAACGAUACCUCCGGUGAUCUGUCUGUGUCUGCUAGCGUUGAUGGAAAUGGCCCCUUGCAAUCACUCUUUCCCUUGUUGUCUAAAGACACAUCUUUUAAGGCAACUUGUGCCCUGAAAUUGGGUAUGCCAGCACCAAGCUUUGAACUACCCAACAGUCAAGGAGAGGGAACAACAUCUCUUCAAGGUCUGGUUGAGAGUGGUAGAUGGACAGUCCUCUAUUUUUAUCCAGGUGCCUUUACAUCUGGUUGCACCUUGCAGGCCCACUACUUUCAACGGGACAUUGACCAGUACCGACACCUAAAUGCUCAGAUUGUUGGUGUAUCUGUUGAUUCUGUUGAAAAGAACAAGGCCUUUUGCACUGCACAGAGUCUUGACUUCUUCAUGCUCUCAGAUCAAGAAGGGUGUGUCUCGCAGGCCUACGGAUCAGCAGUGUCCAUUCCCAGGUACGCAACCAUUAGCAAUCGCCAAACCUACCUCAUUGAUCCUCAGGGUAGAUUACGCUGGAUCUUUCUUGAUUUUGAAAGCCGUAUCGCAAGCCACUCCAAAGAAGUUUUGAGCAAACUACAAGAACUGAAGUCAACAGACAGCAUUUGCUGA